AUGACGAAGGAGCCGAGGAUGAUGGGAAUUGCAAGUAGGCGCAAAAGAAUCUAUCUGCUGCUCGCUUGCACCGGUGCACGAUAUAGUUGGAUAAUUGAACAUGGGAACCUACAACCAUCUUUGGUCAAUAGCCAAGAGGAAUGCAAUGGCGGUUGUAAUUGGCGUCUCCAUUUCCGACCGCUAUGUGACCUUCACUUCGGUGACGGGCGAAUCCAUGUAUCCUACGUUUACGGCCUCCAGCAGCGUCUGGGGAGGGUGUUGGAACCAGGUGAUUUCGUUUUAGCAGAAAUGAGGUGCAUUGAGCAGUACAAGUUCUCACAUGGUGAUGUGAUUUUGUUCAAGUGCCCUAGCAAUCAUAAGCAGUUGUUUGUGAAGAGGUUGAUUGGGCUUCCUGGUGAGUGGAUACAGGUCCCUGGGUCCCUUAAGCUUACCAAGAUCCCAGAAGGGCAUUGCUGGGUUGAAGGUGAUAACUCUGCUCGUAGCUGGGAUUCUAGGGCAUUUGGCCCGAUUCCAUUAGGUCUAGUUCAGGGGAGGGUUACCCACAUAAUCUGGCCUCCAUCAAGGACUGGCCGAGUGGAGAGAAAGAUACCUGAAGGGAGAAUUUCACCUGAUUGA